AUGGAAACCAAGCAAGGAGAGGGUGGGAGGUGGGGACUGAGGGAUCUCGCACCCUCUGCUUGUGUUGUUGAUUGUUGUCACACUUUCAUUUUUUUAAUGGCCACUGUUGGUUGCUUCGUCCGCAAGCUGUUGACGUAUGAUCUCUUGUUCUUGGGAUUUGGUUUUGGUGGGGAUUGGGGAUCCAAAUCUUUACCUUCAAAUUGGGGCUUUCCUUUGCAAGCAAUGGUGCUGCUCAAAUGUUGCUUAGUGACACUCUUGCAAUGGUGUUUCUUGGCUUGCUUAAUUUGCUUGUCAGUAGGGAUUAAUAAUAAUCAAGCCCCCUGUGACCCUCGUGAUUUAUCAGCUCUGAAGAAGUUUGUAGGCAACCUUACAAGCGGGUCUAUCAUCACAGCAUGGUCCAAUGACAGUCUCUGCUGCAACUGGCGUGGAGUUGUUUGUGAUAAUGUGAUUGGAGGCGGUGGAACAGUUACUAGUAGAGUGACCAAGUUGAUCCUGCCUGAAAUGGGUCUCAAUGGUACAAUUUCACCCUCUUUAGCGCAGCUAGAUCAGCUCAAUGUGCUGAAUCUUUCAUUGAAUCACCUUAAAGGUGGAUUGCCUGUGGAGUUCUCCCAGUUGAAGCUGUUGAAGUUCCUUGAUGUGAGCCAUAAUAUGCUGUCUGGGCCUGUUGGUGGAGCUCUUUCUCGUUUACGAUCCAUUGAAGUGUUGAAUAUUUCUAGUAAUUUACUUUCUGGAGUUCUCUUCCCUUUUGGGGAAUUCCCUCAUCUCCUUGCUCUCAAUGUGAGCAACAAUUCAUUCACUGGCAUAUUCAGUUCACAAAUUUGCAGUGCUACCGAGGAUCUUCAAACCCUUGAUUUGUCAGCAAAUAAUUUUAUUGGUGAUCUUGAGGCAUUGAAUAACUGCCCCACAUCUCUCCAACAGUUGCAUUUGAAUUCCAAUUCAUUUACUGGCCGUCUUCCAGAUUCCUUGUAUUCAUUGUCAGCCUUGGAGGAACUCUCAGUCUCUGCCAACAAUUUAUCUGGCCAGUUAAGCGUGCAACUAAGUAAGCUCUCUAACCUAAAAAUUCUGGUGCUUUGUGGAAACAGGUUUUCUGGAGAACUUCCAAAUGUUUUUGGGAAUCUUUUGCAGCUAGAAGAAUUAGAAGCACACGGCAAUUCAUUUUCUGGACCCUUGCCCUCCGCCUUGGCUUUAUGCUCUAAGCUUAGGGUGCUUAACCUUCGAAAUAAUUCAUUGUCUGGGCCUAUUGAUCUGAAUUUCACUGGUUUGUCUAAUCUUCAAACACUCGACCUUGCUACUAAUCAUUUCACUGGACACCUUCCAACUUCCCUGUCCUAUUGUCGUGAGUUGAAGGUUUUAAGCGUUGCUAGGAAUGGUUUAACUGGUUCUGUCCCUGAAAACUAUGCAAACCUCAGUGCGCUUUUGUUUGUAUCCUUGUCAAACAACAGCAUUGAGAACUUAUUCCGCGCAGUGUCUGUUUUGCAGCAGUGCAAAAAUCUCACGACUCUUAUCCUCACUAAGAAUUUCCAUGGUGAGGAAAUUCCAGAAAGUGUCUCUGUGGGAUUUGAGAGCCUUAUGAUUUUAGCACUUGGAAACUGUGGUCUUAAAGGCCACAUCCCUUCUUGGUUAUCCAAUUGCAGGAAGUUAGCAGUUCUUGACUUGUCUUGGAACCAUUUGAAUGGUAGUGUUCCUUCUUGGAUUGGUCAGAUGAACAGUUUGUUCUAUAUGGAUUUCUCAAAUAAUUCUCUGACAGGAGAAAUACCAAAAAGUUUGACAGAGUUGAAGGGCCUCAUGUGUGCAAACUGUAAUAGAGCAAAUCUUGCUGCCUUUGCAUUCAUUCCUCUCUUUGUUAAGAGAAACACAAGUGCAAGUGGACUGCAGUAUAACCAAGCCUCAAGUUUCCCACCUUCAAUUUACUUGAGCAAUAACAUAUUGAGUGGAAAUAUAUGGCCCGAAAUUGGACAAUUGAAAGCACUCCAUGUCUUGGAUUUAAGCAGGAACAACAUCACUGGUACCAUUCCUAGCACUAUUUCAGAGAUGGAGAACUUGGAAACCUUAGAUUUGUCUUAUAAUGAUCUCUCUGGAGAGAUUCCUCCAUCAUUUAACAAUCUCACAUUCUUGUCAAAGUUCAGUGUUGCAUAUAAUCGAUUAGAUGGAUCAAUCCCAACUGGGGGUCAAUUUUUAAGCUUUCCAAGUUCAAGCUUUGAGGGCAACAUGGGGCUUUGUAGGGAAAUUGAUUCUCCUUGCAAAAUUGUCAACAAUACAAAGCCCAUCAUUUCUUCCGGUUCUUCAAAAAAGCUUGGUAGAAGCAAUGUCCUUGGCAUAACAAUCAGUAUAGGGAUAGGGCUUGCACUGCUUCUUGCAAUUAUUCUGCUGAGAAUGUCAAGGAGGGAUGACGAUAAGCCCAUGGAUAACUAUGAUGAGGAACUCAAUAGCAGGCCACACAGGUUAUCUGAGGCACUUGUUUCCUCAAAGUUGGUGCUCUUCCAGAAUUCAGAUUGCAAGGAUCUUACAGUUGCAGAUUUAUUAAAAUCCACAAACAAUUUUAACCAGGCAAAUAUUAUUGGUUGUGGUGGGUUUGGUCUUGUCUACAAGGCAUAUCUUCCAAAUGGCACAAAAGCAGCUAUCAAGAGACUUUCAGGGGAUUGUGGUCAGAUGGAACGUGAAUUUCAAGCUGAAGUAGAGGCCCUCUCAAGAGCUCAACACAAGAACCUUGUUUCUCUGAAAGGAUAUUGUCGGCAUGGUAAUGACAGAUUGCUAAUAUACUCGUACUUGGAGAAUGGAAGCUUGGAUUAUUGGCUGCAUGAGUGUGUGGAUGAAAGCUCAGCUCUAAAAUGGGAUGCAAGACUCAAGAUUGCACAAGGGGCUGCACGAGGAUUAACUUACUUGCAUAAGGGGUGUGAACCAUUCAUAGUGCAUCGUGAUGUUAAAUCUAGCAACAUUCUUUUGGAUGACAAAUUUGAAGCUCAUUUGGCUGAUUUUGGUCUCUCACGACUACUUCAACCAUACGACACUCAUGUCACAACCGACUUGGUAGGAACUUUAGGAUAUAUUCCUCCAGAAUAUAGUCAGACACUGACAGCGACCUUCAGGGGUGAUGUUUAUAGUUUUGGUGUUGUUCUUCUUGAGCUUCUAACUGGUAGAAGGCCUGUGGAAGUCAUCAAGGGGAAAAAUUGCAGAAAUCUGGUUUCUUGGGUGUUUCAAAUGAAAUCUGAGAAUAAGGAGCAGGAAAUAUUUGAUCCAGCAAUUUGGCAUAAGGAUCAUGAGAAACAGCUGCUGGAGGUGUUUGCCAUUGCUUGUAAAUGUCUAAACCAAGAUCCUAGGCAGAGGCCCUCUAUUGAAGUAGUUGUUUCAUGGCUUGAUAGUGUGAGAUUUGAUGGUUCUCAACAGUGA